GAAAGCGUGCAGAACUGCAUGGUAUUUAAGUUGUGAACACUUGGGCGAAGGAUUGAAUGUUACGUUAACAUUUACUUCGGCAAGAUGUACUUUGAUUUUCUUUUGAUAUUUUUGGGGUUUAUUGUACUCUUUUUCGUUGUUCUUGAAAAACGAAGCAAGAAAGGUAAAAUUGUGCCUGGACCAAAUGGAUUACCAAUAAUAGGUUCUGCUUUUGAAUUUGAUUUCCUCACAACUCAUGUAAAGUUCAUGGAGUACGCGAAACAAUACGGGAAAAUAUUUCGUUUGAAGAUGUUUACAGUAAAUCUUGUAGUUUUGAAUGACGCAGAACUAGUUCGUAAAGCAUUUGCUGGGGAAAGUUACAAACGUAUAUUCAAUGACCGUGCGAAUACCUUUUUCGGGGAUUAUUUUCGUGCAGGUAAACAGUCGCUAGCUUUCAUGAUCGAUGGUUCCGGAACUCUUCAUAAAACAGCACGGAAGGCAUUUUUCAAAGCAUUGCACAUGUAUGGGAGUGGUUUUCAUGACUUGGAAACUAACGUUUUGACUGAAAUGAACUAUUUGGUGAGAAGAAUUGAGGACCAGCCUGUGUUUGAUUGUUCAUACAUGGUAAAACGUUCCUUGGCUAACAUUGUAUCACUCGUGCUUAAAGGAGAACUUGUUUCGGACACGGACCCUGAUUUGGAUGUUUUUUGGGGACAUGGGACAGGAGGGGAAUUCUUCCUCAAUCCUUACAACAACACGAUGUUGACUACCUUUCCUUUACUACGAUUCUUGCCUGGACAAUUCCGAACAAAUUUUCAGAAACAGUGCCACGUCUAUGAAAGAAUUGCAAAACGCUAUUUUCAUGAUGUUAAGAAAACAUAUAGACCUGGUCAAUCCAGAGGUAUUGUAGAUGUAUAUCUAGAUGAACAAAGGAAAGAGCUUGAGACCGGAAGUGACAUUUUCUUGACAGACGCUAGGAUAAUAGCCCAGAUUGUUGAAACAGUAGACACCGGUAUUAUGACAACGUGGACAGCUUUGACCAACUCGAUGUUGGUUCUAUGCAAUUUUCCUCAAUACCAAUUAAAGAUUCAGGAAGAAUUGGACAGAAUAAUUGGAAAAGAUAAUACUCCAACAUAUAAAGACAGAAGUAAGUGCCCGUUCUUUUUGGCAUUUGAAAUGGAGGUUCAUCGUUUCUUGCCAGUUCUCCCACUAAAUCUACCUCAUGUGUGUCGAUCACGUGUCCAGUUUGAGGGGUAUGACAUAAAGCAAAACAGCACGAUAAUUGCCAACAUUUGGUAUAUCAACCAUGACGAGGCGACCUGGGGAGACCCAUGGAACUUCCGGCCGGAAAGGUUUCUUGAUGAACAAGGCAAUCUCCUACCGAGGGAUCACAAACUUUGCCAGACGCAGUUGACAUUUGGAGUGGGUAGUCGCCUUUGUCCAGGUGACACAUUUGCUAAGACGCGGUACUUCAUGUUUCUAGCCACUCUCUUACGACGCUGGAACUUUGAGUUCCCACCAGGUGAAGAGAAACACUGUGACUCCAGACGGACAGACACCAUCCAGACCAAAGUUAACAUGAGAGCAAAACCGUUCAUGUGCCGGGCAAAAGAGAGGUCGAAUUGAGACUAGGCUUUCCACGUACCAAGUUGUAUUAGGUCUCUAUAUAGUAUAUACAUUGCUAAUACGUCAAUGGUGUGAUUUCGGGAUCAAUAAAAAUAUUUAUAAUUUGAUAUCCUAUACAAAAAUGAAUUUAUACUUACAAAUAGCUAAAUAUAUUUAUUUUGUAAUAAUACACGUAGCAUGAAAAGGACAGUCACGACAGAGCAUCGAUAAAAGAAAGGUAUGUUUAUCUUACGGGCGGGUGAAUGUUUUCUGAACUAGGAUAAGCAAAAUAAAGUGCCAAAUACCUAACUAAAUCCACGAGCUAUUAGCAAAGACGUUCCAUACUCUUGUGAUGUGAUAACCCUUUUUUAUCACCAACCUUCUAGCAGUGUAGCAACAAUGUACUAUAACAAUUAGUUAAUGAAAUCGGUUCAUUCUACGUCAUAUCAAGCAGGUUAUAGUCCUUUGUAAAAACAGAAUAUACUGUUUAUCGAAUGCAGUACAGAUCGCAAUUUACUUGUAUUUACUUGUGUAUGCAAAACAGAUUUUUAUCGGAUGCAUACAAAUUUGCAACAUAGAUUCACUCGUAUGCAAUGCAUAUUUACGCAACAACUAUUUUCAACGGAGGGUCGUAUUUAAACAUGUUAUAGAAGGAGUACUGCGUAAGUGGUUUAAUUUAUGCAGGUAUUAAAAUCUAAUACAUUAGGGUUUAAUGAUAAUCAAGUUAAAAUAAGAAAAGCUUAGAUGAUUAUGAAAUUACAGUAAUGCUAUACAUAUUUCACUGUCUGAUGUAUGCGAUAACGUUUAGUAUCAAGAAUUAAGACUCUUCACAAUGGCGUCACAUGCAAUCUUCUCAAGUUCUGGUGUUCUUUCGUUUUUGGAGAAACACGAAAGAAAAAAAACAACUUUUUGUCAGUUCUACCUUUUUAUUGUUGAAUUGAUAUGUUUAACAUUAGUGAAACAUUAAAACAGCUAGUGAGUACUUGAUUUAUGCGUAUGUCUUUGUAAAAGAUGGUUUACGAGAAUAUGUGUCGGGCUAAUUGAUUGUUCUUAAUAGGCAUCCUUAAUAUCUUUCUUUGUUGUCCUUUUGAUUUUAAUAAUUUGUUUUCCGUGCGUUAUUUAUAUCACUUGUUUCUUUGCUUGUAUAUUUGUGCUAUUUUAUAACUAUGUGUAGAUCUACGUUUAUUAAUAAACUGAUACAAACUUUA